CUUAUUCCAACUGAGAGCGUUAAGUAUGGUAUGCAACCUAAACUGUAUUGCUAAGCGUGUUUGGACAUUGUUCGCAGAAAGUCUGAAAAUACGCUGGUUCCAUACUCUGUUUGGACAGUUUCAGAACACACUUCAGAGUCGCAAAUUACUAUGGCUUGUGUUACCUUGAAAAGACCAUACGAGUGGGAUCCAAUCUUAAGUCCAAGAAAUAGCAAACCUUCUAAAAGAAGAAGAUGCAUACCGAUAACAAGUCCAACAUCUUUACCAAAAACAGCAAAAUUUGGUGAAACACAAUCCUCACCAUUUGAAGAGGCAACUCCGACUCUUUCUUCAGAACAAAUUGUUUCAAACAUUCGAGAUGAAAUGAAGAGACUUCAGCACAGGAAACAGCUCCAUUUUUCACAUUCCGAAAGCCAGGUGUCAGAGUCUCAGUUCCCCGACAUGUCUGGAAGUUAUGGUUCUGCAUCCAAUCAUAAAGACCAACCUUUAUUUACCUUCCGUCAGGUUGGUAUAAUUUGUGAGCGACUCUUAGCUGAGAGAGAACAUCACAUCCGGGAGCAGUAUGAUCAAGUCAUGACUACAAAACUUGCUGAACAAUACGACACUUUUGUGAAAUUUACCUAUGAUCAGAUACAGAAGAAGUUUGAAAGUGGAAUACCUAGUUAUUUAUCUUAACCAUGGCUGGUUGGUAUUCAUUAGUAAUUGAUGAAAUUUAUUGACCAAUCAGAAGACUUGUGCCAUUACCUGAUGAUGAAAGAUUUAAUGAAAUCUGUGUAUUGAUAGAUAAACAAGAGUUCUAUUAAAUCCUACAAAAUUGUACUUUAUGCACUUUUGACUUGCAAAGAGGAAAGUUUGGUAUUUUAUAGUACACUAAGUUUUGUUAAGGUGAGUGAUAUUUGAGCUUCUGAAUAAUGAAAUUAUGUAUAAAUGUAAAUCUCUUCAAGUACGAGAUGAAUUUACUCAAGAGACAUAAUUUAUUUCCUGGUUAACUGGUAUUAAAGACAACUUCCUAUGUUUUCAAGCUAGGUGUUAAGAAAAACUUGUAUGUAUUUAGUGUUGAAUUAUGUACAUAGCUUGUAACAAACAAGUGAAUGGUAACCUACUUGUGUAUUGAAAAUUUUCACAGAAUAUGGCUUUGUCAGUAUUCCUUAAAAAUGUCACGAACUAUGAGAUUUUAUUGUCUGUACCUCCUCAACAAAAUUACCAAUAAAAAUGUAUACUUUUA